AUGGUUCGAGCAACGCAACUGUUGGCGUGGCUCGCCGGAGUGGCAUCUACACAAAAGAGUAUUGGUAUUGAUAAAGAUUCUAGACUCACUACCCGUGAUAUUACUGCGUCUCUAGAUGCCAGUCUCACUUUUGGUCAAUGCCACCCUGUGGUCCGCAACGAAGAUUUUUGGAUUGAGACAAUCAAGCAUACCGGCAUCUCUCCAUUUCUCAAUGAUUCCUCAUACACAGUUUACCGUAAUGUCAAAGAUUUUGGUGCAAAGGGUGAUGGUAAAACAGACGAUACUGCGGCCAUUCAAGCGGCGAUUGAUGCUGGCGGACGUUGCUUAUGGGGAUGUGGUCCGGGAGAUCCUCCGGCGAAAACGCUGAAGCCCGCACUCAUCUAUUUCCCCUCUGGAACUUACAAAAUUUCACGAACUCUUAACAGCUACAUCUUCACACAACUUGUCGGCAAUCCACUGGACAGGCCAAUUCUCAAAGCUGAUAAGAACUUUUCCGGUUUAUACCUCCUAGACACUUUCCCUUCUCCGACCACUUCACCAUUCCCCACUACCAUCAACCUUUACUACCAAGUACGAAACUUCGUAUUUGAUACAACCAGUGUAGAUGUCAAAUCAACUGUUGCUUGUGUCAACUGGCCUUCUGCCCAGGCCGUGACUCUGAGCUUCAACCACAUGAAAAUGGCUGAAAACAGCUUACAUCAGGGUGUUGUUUUCAACGGAACUACUGGCGGAGGCGGUGGUUCUGCUACUUUUAUGGGCGAUCUAGAGUUCACUGGGGGGAAUAUUGGUAUACGAUUGAAUAACCAGCAGUACGCCAUGCGUGCACUGACUUUCAACAAUGUCAAAACCGGAAUACAAAUUGACCACAUUUUCACUCUAUCCCUGCAGGGCGUCAAGUUCAACAAUGUUAACGUUGGCGUAAAUUUUACCGCUCCUCCAAACAACUCUGUCGGAUCGGUCAUCCUGAUUGAUUCAGAAGCCACCUCUACAGGCAAUGUUGUUGUAUCGCAGCAUACCGAGAACGCAGAUGGCUCUCUCAUCAUUGAGAACCUUAAACUCAAUCGUGUCGGCCAUGCUGUCGCUGAUACGCACGGUAAUCCUCUCCUUGCGGGAUCAACUCGCCCUACUACAAUCGGCUCCUUCAUCCAAGGCACCGUUUACAAGGAUCAGACCACUGGCAAAUACCUCGAGAGCAGCGGCUCACUUUCGCGCCCCCAAGCUCUUGUAGAUUCCAGUGGCGCUUACUGGACCAAGUCGCGACCUCAGUACGAAAGAUACAGCUCUGGCUGCUUUUCCAGUGUCCGAAACUUCGGUGCUACCGGAGAUGGAAAGACGGAUGCCACCAAAGCUAUCAACGCUGCGCUCAAGGCUAAUGCCAACCGAAGGAUCACAUAUUUCCCUGCUGGAAACUACCGCGUCAGCGGCACCAUCCAUGUCCCGGUUGGAUCUAGAAUUGUCGGUGAGGUUUGGUCUACCAUUAGUGCAUACGGAAGCGCGUUUGAGGAUGAGAAGAAUCCUCAGGUUGUCUUCCAGAUGGGCACCACUGGGUCCCGUGGAAUUAUAGAGGUGAGCGAUAUCGCAUUUGACGUAGCAGAUGUCCUUCCCGGUGCCAUUCUUGUCGAGAACAACGCAGCUGGAUUAAGACCAGGUGAUGUUGGCCUUUGGGACUCACAUUUCCGCGCUGGUGGCACAAUCGGCUCUGCCGUUGAAACCAAGUGCCGCUCUUAUCCUCAGUCCCCGAUCGAUCAGUGCAAAGCCGCAUUCUUGUUUAUGCAUCUCAAGUCCAACAGCCAGACCUACUUGGAGAGUGUUUGGGGCUGGUCUGUCAACCGUGAUCUCGAUGGUCUAAGCGGUGCUACCAACGGAACUAGCCAAUCUGUUGCCGUGGGCCGAGGUCUUCUUGUAGAAUCCAAGCUCGGGACAUGGCUUGUUGGUACAGCGUUUGAGCACAACGUUCUUUACCAGUAUCAGUUUGCUGGCGCACAAAAUGUCCAAGCAUUGAUGGCGCAAACGGAGACUGUAUACUGGCAGCCUGCACCUGCGGCUCCCUCGCCUUGGACACCUGACUCCCGAUACUCUGACCCUGAUUACUCCAACUGCGAUGGAAGCUCAAUCCAAUGCUUCAUGGGUUGGUCUCUCCGUGUCGUAGGCGGCAGUGACAUGACCUUUUAUGGUUUGGGCUUCUGGCAAUUCUUCAACGGCCUUAAUGGUGUUUCAGGCCCGUACGCUCAAGACAACAUUGUCUCCAUCGAGGGCCAACCGAAGCGAUUAAAGAUUUUCAACCUUGGUACGCACUUGGUGAAGAAUAUGGUGACCGUGAAUGGCGAAGCUGCUGCGCUGAGCGCCGAUAAUAAGGGUGGAUGGGGUGGUCUUAUUGCCGCCUAUCUGCCGUUUGCUUAA